UUAGCGACCCGGCCCGCGUGUUAAACCCUCGUCUGGUCCCGUCUCCCUCCCCCCUCCGCCGACACCAAUGGCGCAGCCGCCGCCGCCGACGGCGGUGAUACCGCGGGAGGCGUGGCAGGGGUGCAGCGUGCUCCUCGACGUCAACGACGGCGACCGCCUCGCCUUCUUCCGCCUCACCCCCGGCGCGACGGUGAAGAUAGGGGACAAGAGCUGCUCGCUGCAGCCGCUGCUCGGCCGCCCCUUCGGCUCCCUCUUCCGGGUCGGCCCCGACGGCCUCCUCCCCUGCCAAGACGAUGGUAAGCCGCGAGACGCCGGCGCCGCGCAGGAUGAGACCAGGGACAAUAGGUCCCUGGUCGACAACAACACCGCGCAGACGCUGUCCAGCGAGGACAUAGAGGCGAUGAAGCGGGAGGGUGCGAGCGGCGACGCGAUCGUGGAGGCGUUGAUAGCGAAUAGCUCCACAUUUGGAAAUAAGACCGUGUUCUCACAAGAGAAAUACAAGCUCAAGAAACAAAAGAAAUAUGCGCCUAAAGUGCUCUUGCGACGCCCCUCUACCCGAAGCAUUUGUGAGACAUAUUUCAAGAAGUAUCCAGCUCGAAUAGGGUUUAUGCGAGUUGAUACGCUCUCGCUCUUGUUGUCAAUGGCAAAUGUUGGUGCAUAUUCAGAUGUGCUUGCCGUUGAUAUGGUUGGGGGUUUAGUUGUUGGAGCUGUAGCUGAACGCUUAGGAGGUACAGGAUAUGUUUGUAGCACAUAUCUUGGAUCAGCGCCCAGCUCCAUAGACAUAAUAAGAAUGUAUAAUUUGAACAGUGAGAUGACCAGCAGGAUUUUCCAGGCACCACUUAGCGACCUGUGCUCCUUGAAAACAUCUGGCGAUGCUCCUGGUAGCAUUCAAGGUGAUGAACCUGGUGUAGUACCAGACGAGAGUUUUCAGUCAUCCCUGGAAAAACCAUCUGAUACAGAAGUAUCAGAUGGGAAUGCGCAGUCAACGACAGCGCAGCCAAUUGAUAUAGAGGCCCCUGAGCCUGCAACGGAUGAGCACCUUAAUCAAGGUGACAUUUCUAUGCCGGAUUGCAAAGGAAGUAAUGGCAAUUCAAUAGCUCCCAAAGCGCCGAGAGCAGGAAAAGCACCCUCACCGGAGAGGAUGAAAUAUUGGGGAGAACAUGGCUUUAGCAGUUUGAUUGUUGCUGCUCCGGGACAUGAGGUGGAGAGUGUGGUUGCUGAUUUGCUUCCACUCUUGUCUUAUUCGGCCCCAUUUGCCAUUUAUCACCAGUAUCUUCAGCCUCUUGCGACUUGCAUGCAUAGUUUGCAAGUAUCGAAAAUGGCUAUUGGGUUACAGAUAACUGAACCCUGGCUUCGAGAGUAUCAGGUCCUUCCAUCGCGCAGCCACCCACACAUGCAGAUGAACGCAUUUGGUGGGUAUAUCUUGAGCGGCAUCCGGGUACACAAGCCAGACCCCUUGGGAGCACGAGUGCAAGAGAAGUCAUCUGGCGCAACGGAGAGCAUGCUUGUCUCGUUGUAACUUCUUUUUUCUACGGGUUGCAGCGAUACGGUUUGCGUUGCGGCCUAGCUAGGUCGGAGGAGUAUACUUGUAAACAAGUAUGUCUUGCAUCCUUCCCCUGUGGGAAGGACAUGUAACAUAUGCCGGCCGGCAUUCGCCUGUGUUGUAACUGUGGUCAUUUCACAUCCCAGUUUUGAUUAGUUCACUCUCGUACCAGUGGAACA